AUGUCGGCCACUUUGACGACAUUGCCUUCGGGCGUGAGCCCUCCUCUUACGACGGAUAACGAGUAUAACCAUAGUGGACUGGUUGUGGUCAUCACCGCGGUUAACUUGUGUCUGGUUUUGUUAUCGCUUGCAGCGCGCACUCUCAAUCCAUACCAUAGGAAUAGCCUGCAGCGAGAUAAUUACAUUUUUUAUACUUUCGUGCUUGCAGCGAUUUUCCAGAUUGUGAUCGUGUUUUGCCAGGUUCACUAUGGGUGGGGAACUCCGAUCGAGGAUAUGGAUACCACGAGCAAAGAGCACAUGUUGAAGAUAGUGUAUACUGGCGAUAUCUUCUCCAUUAUUGUGCUCGGUCUUUCAAAAAUCACAGCCUGCAUAUUCUAUGAGGGCCUGUUCUCCCAGAUUCAUCAUCGGAUUUCCUAUGUCAUGCUUCUGGUGAUGGUCGCGUGGACAGUAUUAUCCGUCUUACUGUUGGGGAUUAGGUGUUCAUCUAAUCCCUGGUCCGAAAUCAGUGCUGCUGAAUGCAGUGCAUUGGGUCCCCGCUGGGAAGCCAUUACAGCCCUCGAUAUUUCCACCGAGAUUGUACUUUUCGUGUAUGCGGCACUUGCAAUCCAUAAAGUCAAGAUCUCGACCGAGAAAAAGAUUGUCGUGUUUUGUUGUCUCGAGAGUCGGAUACUACUCGUCCCCAUCGCGGCAGUUCGUCUAUACUUCAUCCUAUCCCAAAUCUCCUCGGAAGAUCCAACUCUGCGUGGGUCCUACGCCACGGUCUCAACGGAGAUAUAUAUAGGGCUAAGUGCCGUCUGCCUCUUGACGGCCUUUCUCAAGUCCUUGGUUACAGUCUGGGAGGAUGAUACGGGGAUAAAAUUUGCGUAUCGCGCACCGCCGAAGUCUGACUCCCGGUCGAGAGCUGCUGCGUCUAGGAAUAUAUCGUCUCACAGGCUCUCUCGUAAUCUGAGGAUUGAGCGAGGAGUAGAGGGCUGGGAGCGAGAAGAAGACCCGAUCAUCGAAGCAUCUGAGGGUGUUCGAGGGUUGCAAAUUAUGAAGACUGUACAUUUAAGCGUGCGAGACGAAUCUAUAGAGCUAUCGGAGCAUGCGAGACCGACGGGUGUUUAA